ACGGACGGGCCGUGGAGCCCGUCGGCUAAUGGCGCUGGGGGCCGGCGGCGCUUCCUGGCAGCGGGGCGGAGGGCGGGGGCGCUGAGCGGGGCGUGCGGCGCGGAGAGCGAACAAAGCGCCGGAGCUGCCAGGUGGCGAGGCCGAGGGGCUGCAGGGCUGCCCGCGGCCAUGGGGGUGCAGGACCGGCCUCAGUGCUUCUUCGAGAUAGAGAUCAACCGGGAGCCAGUUGGUCGAAUUAUGUUUCAACUCUUCUCAGACAUAUGUCCGAAGACUUGUAAAAACUUCCUUUGCUUGUGCUCGGGUGAAAAAGGAAUUGGCAAAACAACUGGAAAGAAGCUGUGUUACAAAGGCACUACCUUCCAUCGUGUGGUUAAAAACUUCAUGAUCCAGGGUGGGGACUUCAGCGAAGGUAAUGGAAAAGGAGGUGAAUCUAUUUAUGGUGGCUAUUUCAAAGAUGAAAACUUUAUUCUCAAACAUGACAGAGCGUUCCUUUUGUCAAUGGCAAACCGAGGGAAACAUACCAAUGGUUCCCAAUUUUUCAUAACAACAAAACCUGCUCCUCAUCUCGAUGGUGUACAUGUUGUCUUUGGACUGGUUAUUUCUGGGUUUGAGGUAAUAGAACAAAUAGAAAAUCUGAAAACCGAUACUGCAAGUAGGCCCUAUGCAGAUGUACGAGUUAUUGACUGUGGGGUGCUUGUUACAAAAUCAGCAAAAGAUGCUUUGGAGAAGAAGAAGAAAGUAUGUUCGGAGUCAGAAGCUUCAGACUCCUCCUCCAGUGCAUCAAGCUCUUCAGAAAGUUCAUCUGAAAGUGAAGCUGAAAGUGAAAGAAGCAGAAGAAGAAAGCGUAAAAGAAGAGCUAAAACCAAACAAUCAAGAAAACGAAGAAAGGAAGAGAGGAAGAAAGAGGAUCCAAAGUGCAGGCGAACCUCAAACCAAAGACGCAGCCUUUCUGACAAGAGUGAUAUAACAGAAAAAGCAAUUGAUGUUAGCAUGAAGAGAGACAAACCAGUGGUACGUCCUGAAGAAAUUCCCCCAGUGCCUGAAAAUAGAUUUUUGCUGAGAAGAGAUGUGCCCGUUGUCAAUAUAGAACCUGAACCGAAGCUUCUUGAUACUACACCAGUUCUGGCUGACCCGAAACCAUCAGUCUCUAAAUCUGGACGAAAAAUUAAAGGAAGAGGCACAAUACGAUAUCACACCCCACCUCAAUCACGAUCGUGUUCUGAAUCUGAUGAUGAUGAGAGCAGUGAGACCCCUCCUCACUGGAAGGAGGAAAUGCAGAGAUUACGAACAUACAGACCACCUAGUGGAGAAAAGUGGAGUAAAGGCGAUAAGUUGAGCGACCCAUGUACAAGCAGAUGGGAUGAAAGAAGUGUGUCCCAGAGAUCAAGAUCUUGGUCACGUAACGGUUAUUCUGAUUUAAGUACUGUGAGAUACUCUAGCCACCACAAAAAGCACAGAAAAGAUAAAAAAAAGAUGAAACAUAAAAAGAAAUCUAAAAAGCAGAAGCAUUUCAAGAAGCACAAGCAAACAAAAAAGAAGAAAACGUCCGCUUCAUCAGAUGUAGAGUCUUCUCAUUCCUUCCUCAGGAGGACAAAAUCAUCUUGUGAUCGUGACAGGAAAUCUCGUUCUUCUUCAUCAUCUUCCAGGCAUUCCUCCAGAAGGGACUGGUCUAAAUCUGACAAGGAAGACCAGAGCUCAUCGACUUUAUCAAGCAGAGGGACUCGAUCAUACUACAGGUCCAGAUCUAGGUCUAAAUCAAGAUCUUACUCCCGAAGAAGCUCUAGGUCAAGAUCAGCCUCUAAAUCAUCAUGUUCACGAAGUAGGUCAAGGUCAAGUUCUAACCCUAGGCAUCAAAAGACAGUUUCCAGUUCUCCACGAAAUAUUUCAACGCGAUUAAAUGAGAAUAAGCUUACCAAGACUGCUGAGCCUGUAAGAGCAGCUAUACUCCCAAGUGAUAAAGUUGUCGUACCACCAGUUGUCUCAGAAAACCUCCCUGUUAUACCCUUAAGUGAGAGUCCACCACCUUCAAGGUGGAAACCUGGGCAGAAACCAUGGAAGCCAUCUUAUGAGCGAAUUCAGGAAAUGAAAGCUAAAACGACACAUUUAAUACCCACACAAACUAAUUACAAUUUAGUAGCUGUUAAAGAGCCUAAUACUACUUCCUCAUAUCAUAAGCGACAAAGGAGUUCAGAUAGCGAUCGAAGUGGUUAUUCCAAAUACCAUAGUGACAGAAGCUCAGACAGUUGUCUGAGAUCAAGAAGCAGGUCUUCUCGAAGUAGGUCAUACUCAAGAUCUUAUACGAGAUCUAGAAGUCCAUCAAGCUCUAGGACAAAAUCUCAUUCUUCUGGCCGGUCACCAUCACUGAGUAAAUACUGCAGUGACAGGUCACGUUAUAGUGAGUCAACGUCUUACUCUUCCCUUAGUGAUGAUGACAGAAGCAAAAGAAAAUCUGCAUCAAGUGAUCAGAAGGCUCGACCUCUUAAACUGAGGCAAGAAACAAGCUCUGAAAGCACUGUCCCUUAUAAGCGUACAAAAGACUAUGAUGAGUCUUCUCAGGGCUUGAAAGAGAGUGAUAGUUCAUCAUCUUCAGACUUCUCUACUGACAGUGAGCAUUCUGCCAAAAUGAAAGUAGUCCAAGAAAAAGAAGGCCGUUUUCAGUUAGAAAGAGGUACUCAGAAACAGGACAAAAAUAGCUUAAGUUCUGAGCAAGGGGAGAAGGAACCCAAGUGUGAGCAGGAUUCUGAUGAUGCUAAAAAGAAAGCAGUUAAGGAGAAAUCUUCUGAGCAACCUAGGGGUGGUGGAAAAACUAAACAAAAAUCCUAUUCAGGUAGUAAAUGGGACUCUGAAUCAAAUUCUGAAAAAGGAGAGGCAAGGCGUAAUAGGGGAGAUUCCAGACUCUCCUCUAGUAAAGAAGAAGGAGAGGCCACAUCAGGAUCUGAUGCAGAGCUUAGUGUUACCAAAAGAAUAAAAAAACGGUCAAAUUCUUCAGAAGGCUUUCUGGAUUCUGAUUGUACAUGGAAGACAAGCAAGCAGUUGUCAUCUUCUGAGUCUGACAGCUCUUGUUCUAGCUCAACAAACAUUAGAGGAAAGUCAAAAAAACACAAACGUGGAUCGAAAAAAGCUCUUAAAAAAUCCCAUUCAAAAAAAGCAAAAGACAAAUCAAAAGGGAAAAAGGAGAAGAAACACAAAGUUCAGAAAAGAAAAGAAAUGUUUCAUUGGCAGCCCCCCCUGGAGUAUGGUGAAGAAGAUGAUGAUGAGAUUAAUGAAAAGCCAGUUACCAAGGAUGAUAAAGAAAAGCAGCUUAACAGGAACUUAAAAGAUAAAAACCAAGUUUAUGACAAGGAUGAAAUAGUCAAAGAUAAAAUGAAAAAUUUAACUGAAAAGCCUUCUGUGGAUGAAAACCUUUUAACUAAAAACCCUACACGUGGUGCCUCUCCAGAUUGUAAUAACCUUAAUAAAGAUAGCAUUGAAAUGAAUGCUUCAGACAGUAUCUUAAAUGCAGAAAUAAAUGUGACCGGUUGCAAAGAUGAGAUGAAACAAGCUGAAGAAAGUAACCAGAAUGGAUUGCAAGAUGUUAUUGAGACAGAUGACAACAUGGAGAUUUGUACUCCAGAUCGUAACUCACCAGGGAAGGUUGAUGUAGAUGUUUUGUCUCCUGUCAUUCUCACUGCUAAACCUCAGGCUUUAGCUGCUAGUAUAAACAAAGAUUUACAGGUUAAGACCCAUGAACAAGAUGCUGUCAAACUAGGAAACAAUGUUAUAGACUUCAUGAAUAUUAAAGAAGAAAAAGAAAUGGGAAUACAAGAAAAUAAUUCUGCCCCUGUGUCUAGUGCUAAAGACUGUAGUUUAAAAGGUGAAAUUACUGAAAAUACACAAAGCAAUACGAUAGAUAAUAAAUGGAAGCCUUUGCAAGGUGUUGCUAACUUACAACCAACCACAAUUAGUACUGCUGCAGAAGUUAAGAACAUAGCUUCAGCACCAGAGCCUAAACCAGCAGGUUUAAGAAUUGAAAUAAAAGCUAAAAAUAAAGUAAGGCCCGGAUCUCUGUUUGAUGAAGUUAGAAAAACAGCACGGCUAAAUCGAAGGCCAAGGAACCAAGAAAGUUCCAGUGAGGAAGAAUCUCCAAGUAGAGAUGAUAAUAGCCCAUCCAGGAGUCUCAGUAGGUCACGAAGUAAAUCUGAAUCUAAAUCCAGACGCAGAACAAGGUCCAUAUCUUACAGUCACUCAAGAAGUCACUCACGAAGUUCUACAUCUUCAUAUCGAUCAAGAAGCUACACAAGAAGCCGAAGCAGAGGAUGGUAUAGUAGAGAUCGGUCAAGAAGUCGAAGUAGUUCUUACCACAGUUACAAGAGCCGUAGUCGAACCUAUAGUAGAAGUAGAUCCAGAAGUAGUUCUUACGAUCAUCAUAGUCGAUCCAGUAGGUCAUACACAUAUGAUAGUUACUACAGCAGAAGUCGAAGUCGAAGUAAAAGGAGUGACAGCUAUCGAAGAUCCAGAAGUUAUGAUAGGCGAUCCAGAUCUUACGGCUCUGACAGUGAAAGCGAUCGCAGUUACUCUAACAAUCGGAGCCCCAGUGAAAGCAGCAGAUAUAGCUGAAACCGUUUCUUUUACGAUGGAAACUGCAUUUAAUAAUUUUUUUUUCAGUGUUAUGUUAAAACCGUUUUGACAGUGUCACAAGUAAAGUUGAAGGGUGUUUACUGAGUUAGUUGAAACUUUCCUAUUUAACGGUGAACUCGCCUGAGAGACUGUAUACUUAUGAAGUGUAAGUAUACUGUAUACUUACGGAGUAUACAGUCAUGUAUACUCCAUACAUAGUACUCCAUACAAGUAUAGAGUACUGAACUUAACUGGGUUUUUUAUUAAUUUUUUUUAAUAUCAACUGCUUUUACAAAACAUGAAAUUAAAAAAAAAUAAAAAGUACUAUUUCCUUGAAUUAGGUUUCCAAGCCAUGAAUGACAGGCGAAUUUGCUGCCACCACUUUUCUGGGUGCAGCUAUUGUUACUGUCUUCAAGUAUGUUUAUAAACAUCUUAGGUCUUCCUGCCUGUUCCUGUUAAAUAGAUGCUAGCAACUGUAAAACUGUGAAGAAAAAAACCAAACCUUCUAACAAAGGCUGCCAUUUCUAGUUUAUUAAAAUGCUUUUUCUAAUGCUGGAAGAUGGGUUUCUGUGAUGUCUUGUUGAUUAUUGCAUUAUAUACAGUGCAUACGCACAAGAGCUAGGUGAUGAAAACAAAGGCUGCCACUCUGUCUUAAUCCUUUCCGUACUGUGAUUUCAGAAGUCUGCUGAAAAGGGUGAGAUUACACAACACGAAUUGUUAAACUGACAAUAGUGAGCAAAAGCAUGACGGAUUUUGCUCUUGAUAUCCAUUUUGUCUAAACUUUACAUUUAAAGUUAAUUUUGUGAUAAAACAGCAAUACUCUCAAGUGUCUAAGAAUUUUGAAUUCAAUUUCAGUUCACAUUACAGUGCUUGGUGUACUUCAGCAUAUUUUGAAGUUGAAUGUUGUAAACUGUUGAGUAUAUCACAAGUUUGUUCAAAACACUUUUUUAAUGAUAUGUAAUGAUUUUUAAAAAAAAACAAACCAUAAUGGUUCCUUUAUAAGAAUGUCUGUAGGUGUAUUCCAUUUGCCAUAGGGAAUAUCAGAUACUGAUAUUGCAAAUACUGAUCUACAUAUUGUUAAAGUGAUAUAACUACAAAAAGCCUGGUAUGCCUGGUAAAAAGCAUGGACAGUACUUUCAAAGUAAAGUUUAAUACCAAAAAUGACUCUGUGUUACAGGUAAAUGGUUUGCAGAAAAACACACAGAUUUCAGCUGAAGAGCACUGAGCAAUUUUUACGAUAUUCUGAUUUGAGUUGAUUUUAAAUAAUUUGUAAAGUUUUUCAGUGUCUAGGAAGUUGUGUACUUAGACACAGUUUUAUAGUGGCAUAAUAAUAAAAGUGAGCUCUGUAGUGAAAAAACAGAUUAACACAGCUUUAUUAGAGCUAAAGGGUACUGUUGUAUGAUAAUAGUUUUCAUUACCAACUUUCUGUAAUGUCUUGAGAUGCUUUCAUUUUCUCAAAUUUUUCAGAUACUGAAAUUACAAAAAACCCAACAACCUCAUCAGGACCCAACAAGCUUUGAAAAUUGAAAGUGGUAAUUUCUUGCUUAGACAUUAAUUCAUGCAGUCUCUUUGAUUGAAUUAAGCUAUGCAAAAUUAGCUUUUGAUACACUUCAGAAACAUGAAAAGAAAGCUCAGAGUGAAGUUUGAAGAUAGUGAUGGUGCCCUCCAUUUCUGCUCAUGAACAGCUGAGUAAGACGUUUGUCGUAAGUUCCCAAAACUGAAUUUGUCAUACUGUUUUUUCCACUUUUGAGAAGAACCCAAAAUUCUGGGCUUAUACCCUUCCUCCUCUUGAAGCUCAAUGAAAAAUUGUGUGCAUGUAAUCCUUUCAAAUCAAUAUUUUGUAAGCUUCUUGUGCUUUUUUUAACACUAAGGACAUUUAUUACUCAAGUCAGUACACAUCUACAGGCAUGUUUCUAACAGUAGCCACCAUUUCAAAGUCCUCAACAGAUAGUGCUAACUCAAAAGAGUUUCACAGUUUUGUUUUUUUCCCUUACUGAGAAAAUGGAACUAGUGGAUUAGUGGUCUGUAAAAAUGCACAACUAUAAAGAUUGUCAUUUACUUACUAGAGAAGAACUUGCUCCAGCAUUGGACUUCAUCGUAUUUCAGAUCAGAGUUGACUUUUUAAGAUCAGGUAAAGGUAAUAAAAAUACAGUCAAUCAGUUAAUUGCAGUUGUCCAAAAUUACUGUAAUGCCAUUAAUGGCUAUUUCAUAUCUUGAAUUAAAGCUUUAUAAAGAAA